AUGUUUGAUACUCCAUCCUUAUGUGAAUGUUUUCUUUCACAGGUUUCAAAUGUCAAUGAAAAGGAUAAUAAGGGACAAACAGUUCUUCAUUAUGCAACAAGAUUUAAAAGUAAAGAAACUGCUGAAUUUCUUAUUUCACAUGGUGCAAAUAUCAAUGAAAAAGAUAAUAAUGGAACAACAGCUCUUCAUUUAGCAACAUAUUUGAAUAGUAAAGAAACAGUUGAACUUCUUAUUUCACAUGGUGCAAAUAUCAAUGAAAAAGAUGAAUAUGGACAAACAGUUCUUCAUUAUGCAGCAGAAAAUAAUAGUAAAGAAACUGCUGAACUUCUUAUUUCACAUGGUGCAAAUAUCAAUGAAAAAAAUAAAAAUGGAGCAACAGUUCUUCAUUAUGCAGCAAGAUCUAAUAGAAAAGAAACAGUUGAACUUCUUAUUUCACAUGGUGCAAAUAUCAAUGAAAAAGAUAAAUAUGGAGCAACAGCUCUUCGUAUUGCAGCAGAAAAUAAUAGUAAAGAAACAGUUGAACUUCUUAUUUCACAUGGUGCAAAUAUCAAUGAAAAAGAUAACGAUGGACAAACAGCUCUUCAUUAUGCAGCAAGAUCUAAUAGUAAAGAAUAUAUCGAAUUUCUUAUUUCACAUGGUGCAAAUAUCAAUGAAAAAGAUAACGAUGGAGCAACAGUUCUUCAUUAUGCAGCAAGAUCUAAUAGAAAAGAAACAGUUGAACUUCUUAUUUCACAUGGUGCAAAUAUCAAUGAAAAAGAUAAAAAUGGAGCAACAGUUCUUCAUUAUGCAGCAAGUAAUAAUAGAAAAGAAACAGUUGAACUUCUUAUUUCACAUGGUGCAAAUAUCAAUGAAAAAGAUAACGAUGGACAAACAGUUCUUCCUUAUGCAGCAAGAUCUAAUAGUAAAGAAACAGUUGAACUUCUUAUUUCACAUGGUGCAAAUAUCAAUGAAAAAGAUAAUAAUGGACAAACAGCUCUUCAUUAUGCAGCAAGAUCUAAUAGUAAAGAAUAUAUCGAAUUUCUUAUUUCACAUGGUGCAAAUAUCAAUGAAAAAGAUAAUAAUGGAGCAACAGCUCUUCAUAUUGCAGCAAGAUCUAAUAGUAAAGAAUAUAUCGAAUUUCUUAUUUCACAUGGUGCAAAUAUCAAUGAAAAAGAUAACGAUGGACAAACAGUUCUUCAUUAUGCAGCAGAAAAUAAUAGUAAAGAAACAGUUGAACUUCUUAUUUCACAUGGUGCAAAUAUCAAUGAAAAAGAUAAAUAUGGAACAACAGCUCUUCCUUAUGCAGCAAGUAAUAAUAGAAAAGAAACAGUUGAACUUCUUAUUUCACAUGGUGCAAAUAUCAAUGAAAAAGAUAAAAAUGGAGCAACAGUUCUUCAUUAUGCAGCAGAAUAUAAUAGUAAAGAAUAUAUCGAAUUUCUUAUUUCACAUGGUGCAAAUAUCAAUGAAAAAGAUAACGAUGGACAAACAGUUCUUCAUUAUGCAACAAGUAAUAAUAGAAAAGAAACAGUUGAACUUCUUAUUUCACAUGGUGCAAAUAUCAAUGAAAAAGAUAAAUAUGGAACAACAGCUCUUCAUUAUGCAGCAGAAAAUAAUAGUAAAGAAACAGUUGAACUUCUUAUUUCACAUGGUGCAAAUAUCAAUGAAAAAGAUAACGAUGGACAAACAGUUCUUCCUUAUGCAGCAAGAUCUAAUAGAAAAGAAACAGUUGAACUUCUUAUUUCACAUGGUGCAAAUAUCAAUGAAAAAGAUAAAAAUGGAGCAACAGUUCUUCAUUAUGCAGCAGAAUAUAAUAGUAAAGAAUAUAUCGAAUUUCUUAUUUCACAUGGUGCAAAUAUCAAUGAAAAAGAUAAUAAUGGAGCAACAGCUCUUCGUAUUGCAGCAAGAUCUAAUAGUAAAGAAACAGUUGAACUUCUUAUUUCACAUGGUGCAAAUAUCAAUGAAAAAAAUAAAAAUGGAACAACAGUUCUUCAUUAUGCAGCAAGUAAUAAUAGAAAAGAAACAGUUGAACUUCUUAUUUCACAUGGUGCAAAUAUCAAUGAAAAAGAUAAUAAUGGAGCAACAGCUCUUCGUAUUGCAGCAAGAUCUAAUAGUAAAGAAACAGUUGAACUUCUUAUUUCACAUGGUGCAAAUAUCAAUGAAAAAGAUAAAUAUGGAACAACAGUUCUUCAUUAUGCAGCAAGUAAUAAUAGAAAAGAAACAGUUGCACUUCUUAUUUCACAUGGUGCAAAUAUCAAUGAAAAAGAUAACGAUGGACAAACAGCUCUUCAUUAUGCAGCAGAAAAUAAUAGUAAAGAAACAGUUGAACUUCUUAUUUCACAUGGUGCAAAUAUCAAUGAAAAAGAUAACGAUGGACAAACAGCUCUUCAUUAUGCAGCAGAAAAUAAUAGUAAAGAAACAGUUGAACUUCUUAUUUCACAUGGUGCAAAUAUCAAUGAAAAAGAUAACGAUGGACAAACAGCUCUUCAUUAUGCAGCAAGAGCUAAUAGUAAAGAAACAGUUGAACUUCUUAUUUCACAUGGUGCAAAUAUCAAUGAAAAAGAUAAAAAUGGAGCAACAGUUCUUCAUUAUGCAGCAAGUAAUAAUAGAAAAGAAACAGUUGAACUUCUUAUUUCACAUGGUGCAAAUAUCAAUGAAAAAGAUAAAAAUGGAGCAACAGUUCUUCAUUAUGCAGCAAGAUCUAAUAGAAAAGAAACAGUUGAACUUCUUAUUUCACAUGGUGCAAAUAUCAAUGAAAAAGAUAAAUAUGGAGCAACAGCUCUUCGUAUUGCAGCAGAAAAUAAUAGUAAAGAAACAGUUGAACUUCUUAUUUCACAUGGUGCAAAUAUCAAUGAAAAAGAUGAAUAUGGACAAACAGCUCUUCAUUAUGCAGCAAGAUCUAAUAGAAAAGAAACAGUUGAACUUCUUAUUUCACAUGGUGCAAAUAUCAAUGAAAAAGAUAACGAUGGACAAACAGUUCUUCAUUAUGCAACAAGAUUUAAAAGUAAAGAAACUGCUGAAUUUCUUAUUUCACAUGGUGCAAAUAUCAAUGAAAAAGAUAACGAUGGACAAACAGCUCUUCAUUAUGCAGCAGAAAAUAAUAGUAAAGAAACAGUUGAACUUCUUAUUUCACAUGGUGCAAAUAUCAAUGAAAAAGAUGAAUAUGGACAAACAGUUCUUCAUUAUGCAGCAGAAAAUAAUAGUAAAGAAACAGUUGAACUUCUUAUUUCACAUGGUGCAAAUAUCAAUGAAAAAGAUGAAUAUGGACAAACAGUUCUUCCUUAUGCAGCAAGAUCUAAUAGUAAAGAAACAGUUGAACUUCUUAUUUCACAUGGUGCAAAUAUCAAUGAAAAAGAUAAUAAUGGACAAACAGCUCUUCAUUAUGCAGCAAGAUCUAAUAGUAAAGAAUAUAUCGAAUUUCUUAUUUCACAUGGUGCAAAUAUCAAUGAAAAAGAUAAUAAUGGAGCAACAGCUCUUCGUAUUGCAGCAAGAUCUAAUAGUAAAGAAUAUAUCGAAUUUCUUAUUUCACAUGGUGCAAAUAUCAAUGAAAAAGAUAAAUAUGGAACAACAGCUCUUCAUUAUGCAGCAGAAAAUAAUAGUAAAGAAACAGUUGAACUUCUUAUUUCACAUGGUGCAAAUAUCAAUGAAAAAAAUAAAAAUGGAACAACAGUUCUUCAUUAUGCAGCAAGUAAUAAUAGAAAAGAAACAGUUGAACUUCUUAUUUCACAUGGUGCAAAUAUCAAUGAAAAAAAUAAAAAUGGAGCAACAAUUCUUCAUUAUGCAGCAAGUAAUAAUAGUAAAGAAACAGUUGAACUUCUUAUUUCACAUGGUGCAAAUAUCAAUGAAAAAGAUAACGAUGGAGCAACAGUUCUUCAUUAUGCAGCAAGUAAUAAUAGUAAAGAAACAGUUGAACUUCUUAUUUCACAUGGUGCAAAUAUCAAUGAAAAAGAUAACGAUGGACAAACAGCUCUUCAUUAUGCAGCAGAAAAUAAUAGAAAAGAAACAGUUGAACUUCUUAUUUCACAUGGUGCAAAUAUCAAUGAAAAAGAUAACGAUGGACAAACAGCUCUUCAUUAUGCAGCAGAAAAUAAUAGAAAAGAAACAGUUGAACUUCUUAUUUCACAUGGUGCAAAUAUCAAUGAAAAAGAUAACGAUGGACAAACAGCUCUUCAUUAUGCAGCAAGAUCUAAUAGUAAAGAAUAUAUCGAAUUUCUUAUUUCACAUGGUGCAAAUAUCAAUGAAAAAGAUAAUAAUGGAGCAACAGCUCUUCAUAUUGCAGCAAGAUCUAAUAGUAAAGAAUAUAUCGAAUUUCUUAUUUCACAUGGUGCAAAUAUCAAUGAAAAAGAUAACGAUGGACAAACAGUUCUUCAUUAUGCAGCAGAAAAUAAUAGUAAAGAAACAGUUGAACUUCUUAUUUCACAUGGUGCAAAUAUCAAUGAAAAAGAUAACGAUGGACAAACUGCUCUUCAAAAUGCUCCAUGCUAUAUCUUAUAA